UGUCCUAAUGAAAUUUGGUAAGGAAUUUGCAUCCCAACUAGUGCCAGAAUGGCAGGAAGCUUACAUGAACUACAAUUUCAUGAAAAGCCAUUUAAAGCCAAUUCACCAUCACCGGACCACCCGGGCGGCGGCGGCGGCCGGCGGUGCCGCCGCCAGAAUGAGUCGGACUCGCACACUAUACAGAGCAUUUAGUGGCCUAAUAGGACAAAAGGGUAAUAACCCGCCGCCGUCCGGCGACGUCGAGGACCCGGUUAUUCUCGUGAACAAUGUGCGGCGGGACGGCGCCGAGGGGUCGGAGACGAUGUUCCUAAUGGUGGCCGACGACGGCGGGGAGUACGAGCUCGUUUAUUUCAAGUACCUCGACGAUGAGUUCAACAAGGUGUCAAAAUUUUACAAGGCGAAAGUCGAGGAGGUCUUGAACGAGGCCGGUGUCCUAAACCGGCAAAUGGAGGCGCUCAUUGCUUUCCGUGUUAAGGUCACGAAGCCGGCGGGAUGGAAUAAUACGUCGGAGGAGACGUCGAGGCUUGCUUCUGACGUCGCGGCUUCUAGAGUGGCCUUACAUGCCACCACUCCAUUAGCGGCGAGAAGAGCUCUGAUGGUUGUAAUAGACGAAGAGAGUUUGAGUCAUUUAAGCUCGGAAGAUUCGGAGAUUCAAAAGCACAAGCAACAAAUAGACAUAAGGGGCGCGAGGCCACCGCCGUUGGAGAUUCUUCAACAUGUAAAGAUCAACAAAAACAACGAAACUCCUCGAUCGAUGUUUAAGGUUAUGCUCAAUAUGUCCGGACAGCGAGACCUUAAUUUCAGUAAGGAUAACUUGAACAGAGCAGAAGAACAGCUCAAGCAAGCGUUCAUCGAAUUCUACCACAAGCUAAAGCUUCUAAAAAGCUAUAGUUUUCUCAACAUUUUGGCGUUCGCGAAAAUCAUGAAGAAAUACGAUAAGAUUGCUUCGAGAAAUGCCUCCAAAUUGUACAUGAAAAUGGUCGAUGAUUCAUACCUUGGAAGCUCGGAUACGGUGAGCAAAUUGAUGGAAAGAGUCGAAGUAACAUUCAUCAAGCAUUUCGCCAACUCCAAUCGCCGUAAAGGGAUGAGUGUCUUAAGGCCAAAGAAAAAGAUCGAAAAGCACAAAGUCACAUUCUCCAUGGGAUUUCUCGUUGGCUGCACCGUGGCUCUAAUAUUAGCGCUUGUCCUAAUCAUCCGCGCGCGCAACAUUUUGGACAACGACGGGAGAGUGGUGUACAUGGAAACCAUGUUUCCUCUAUACAGUUUGUUCGGGUUCAUGGUUCUACACAUGUUUAUGUACGCGGCAAACAUAUACUUCUGGAGGCGAUACAGAGUGAAUUAUUCUUUCAUAUUCGGGUUUAAAGAAGGGACAGAGUUAGGCUACAGAGAGGUUCUUUUAUUCGGUUUCUGUCUGUCCGUAUUAGCUCUAGCCAGCGUUCUCGCCAAUCUCGACAUGGAAAUGGAUCCGGUAACUCAAGACUACCAAGCUAUUACAGAACUCCUUCCCCUCGGAUUAGUCGGGCUGGUGAUUGUCAUUAUGCUCUGCCCUUUGAACAUCAUGUAUCGAUCGAGCCGGUUCUUCCUGCUCGUUUGCCUGUUCCAUUGCGUGUUGGCACCGCUGUACAAGGUUUCGCUGCCAGAUUUCUUCUUGGCGGACCAGCUUACGAGCCAGGUUCAAGCGCUACGAAGCUUGGAAUUUUAUGUUUGUCACUACGGAUGGGGAGAUUAUAAACGCCGCGAAAACAACUGCCGUGAGAGCGAUGUUUUUAAUACAUUUUCUUUCAUCAUUGCCGCGAUACCGUACUGGUGGCGACUCCUCCAGUGUGUGCGGCGGCUGUUGGAAGAGAGAGACGCGAAGCAGGGAUAUAACGGGCUGAAGUAUUUAUCGACAAUCUUGGCAGUGUGUUCCAGGACAGCCUAUACGCUGAACGGCGGGGCUGCCUGGAAGUUGACGGCGUGGACAGCCUCGGCGGUGGCGACAAUCUUCAGCACGUAUUGGGACAUCGUCAUGGACUGGGGACUGUUCCAGCGUGGAUCAAAGAACCUGUGGCUCAGAGACAAGCUACUUAUUCCACACAAGACUGUCUACUUUGUGGCCAUGUGUGUGAAUGUGGUGCUGAGGCUGGCGUGGAUGCAGACAGUGAUGAACAUAACGGUAUUUUCGCUCCACCGGCAGACAAUGGUGGCGCUGGUGGCGGCGCUGGAGAUAAUCCGGCGGGGGCUGUGGAACUUUUUCAGGCUGGAGAAUGAGCAUCUCAACAAUGUCGGAAAAUUCCGGGCUUUUAAGUCGGUGCCGCUGCCUUUCAACUACCACGAUGACAAAGAUAUAUAGUCUAUGACUAGUAGUAGGUAAUAGGUAGUAGGUUGUACCUGUUCUUUUCGGACAGGACAGCGUGGAAAAUGUAAAUGGUUGAAUUUUAUGGAUUUUACGAAAAUUGUAGUAUAUGA